AGUUGAGUAUCCAGUGACAGACCUUAUUAGUUUCCAAAAUCACGAAAAUUCUUCCUUUUUUCGUUUCUGCAAUCUCCUGGAGCACCUUGCAGAGAACAUCCUCGUACCCGUCGAAGUUGAAGCUCUCAACAAGCAUGGCAUGGUCUUGUAGCAGCUCCAGCAACAAGGGACUUGUUUCGAACCUUGAGAAUGCGAGGAUAUUCCAAAACUCGCGAGUCCGUGAGGCAAUGUUGGGCGUGGACCGAAAGCACUAUUGCCCGAGGAAUCCUUAUCAAGAUUCUCCUCAGCUGAUCGGAUACAAUGUCACUAUCAGUGCUCCCCACAUGCAUGCUAUGUGCCUGGAUGCGCUAGCAGAUCAUCUCAAACCAGGAUCAAAGGCUCUGGACGUGGGGAGUGGCACAGGCUACCUGACCGCCUGCAUGGCGAUCAUGGUUGGGUUCUCAGGCAAGGCUGUCGGGGUGGAGCAUGUGCCUCAACUUGUCCAGCAAUCAAUCUCAAAUAUCAAAGCAGAUGGCAAAGAAUAUCUCCUUGACUCAAAAUCCUUGAUAAUGAUAGAGGGGGACGGACGGAAAGGCAUUGCUGAACAUGGCCCAUAUGACGCAAUACACGUCGGAGCUGCAGCCCCUACUAUUCCUCAGUCUCUCAUCGACCAGCUCAAGCCAGGAGGCAGGCUUAUCAUUCCCGUCGGCAACAUUAUGCAAGAGCUCCUGCAGGUGGACAAGAGCUUGGACGGAAACAUCAAGCAGAAAAGCAUUACAUCCGUUCGCUACGUCCCUCUCAGUGAGUUGCUUGAUUCGUGUUGCGCUGUCUCAAACCUGUACAAGCUGAUCUCAAGGAUCAAGUGGGCAAUUGAACAAGACAAGAUUCGAAACCACAUGUUCCAUACAUGUAGUGUGAUAAGCUCAUCAUACACGUAA